AUGGAGAUAUUAAAAAUUGUAACAGUUGCUUCAAUUUUAACCGCUGUCUGUGGAACCAGAUACGCUUAUAUUGAUAAUAAGAUUUUUGAAUACGAAGAUAGACCAACACAAACAAUCUCAUUACCACUUCCUUACGGAGUACCCAAAAUAAUGAAAAUCGAAAAACGUUCACGGGAUUUUGAAAAUGUUGACGGUGUUCAAAAUUCAGAUGUACUCGUAUCAACAUCGACGGUAAAAGCAGAGACAGAAGAAGAACUACCUUCGCCCAAAGGACCAAGUCCACUGCCCAUAGAACCGAGUCCACUGCCCAUAGAACCAAGUCCAUCACCCCUAGGAUCAAGUCCGAUGCCCAUAGAACCAAGUCCAUCAUCCAUAGAACCAAGUACAUCACCCAUAGAACUAAGUCCACAGCCCAUAGAACCAAGCCCAUUACCCAUAGAAUCGAGUCCACUGCCCAUAGAACCAAGUCCACUGCCCAUAGAACCAAGCCCGUCACCCAUAGAACCGAGUCCACUGCCCAUAGAACCAAGUCCAUCAACCAUAGAAUCAAGUCCAUCACCCAUAGCAACAAGUCUAUCACCCAUAGAACCGAGUCCACUGCCCAUAGAACCAAGUCCACUGCCCAUAGAACAAAGCCCAUCACCCAUAGAACCGAGUCCAUUGCCCAUAGAACCAAGCCCAUCACCCAUAGAACCGAGUCCACUGCCCAUAGAACCAAGUCCAUCAACCAUAGAACCAAGUCCAUCACCCAUAGCAACAAGUCCAUCACCCAUAGAAUCGAGUACACUGCCCAUAGAACCAAGUCCACUGCCCAUAGAACCAAGCCCAUCACCCAUAGAACCGAGUCCAUUGCCCAUAGAACCAAGUCCAUCAACCAUAGAAUCAAGUCCAUUACCCAUAGCAACAAGUCCAUCACCCAUAGAACCGAGUCCACUGCCCAUAGAACCAAGUCCACUGCCCAUAGAACAAAGCCCAUCACCCAUAGAACCGAGUCCAUUACCCAUAGAACCAAGCCCAUCACCCAUAGAACCGAGUCCACUGCCCAUAGAACCAAGUCCAUCAACCAUAGAAUCAAGUCCAUCACCCAUAGCAACAAGUCCAUCACCCAUAGAAUCGAGUACACCGCCCAUAGAACCAAGUCCACUGCCCAUAGAACCAAGCCCAUCACCCAUAGAACCGAGUCCAUUGCCCAUAGAACCAAGUCCAUCAACCAUAGAAUCAAGUCCAUUACCCAUAGCAACAAGUCCAUCGCCCAUAAGACCAAGCCCAUCGCCUUUAGAACCAAGUCCUUCGUCCAUAGGAACUAUUUACCCCAUAGUAUCACUAUUCGCCGGUUCCGUGAAAAGAUUUAUAAUGAAAGCCGUCAUCAACAUUACCACGAUUAUGUUUAGUUUUUUUAGUACAGCAGCUAAGAAUCUGUCAUCAUCGAGCAAGCAUUAUGACUUUGACGUUUUACCUAAGGUCACAGAUUUAAGUUCUGUGACCUUAAAACGUCUGAAAAGAGCGUCUACAAACAUUGAAACACAAAUUAAUAGAUUGAAAUCUGUUUAA